AUGCCAUUACAACUUACCCUCUCAGAAGAAUCCAAAGAAAGAGUUGUUAAACUUUUAGAUUACUCAAAAACUAUUGCUCAUUAUGGCUUUAUUCCAUUUGUGUUAUACCUCGGCUGGUCAGCUACCCCAAGUAAACCAUCAUUGUUGAACUUGUUAUCACCAUUCCCAUCUGCUUAA